GAACUUAUUUCAGAUCCUAUUUCCAUGGGAGAACAGGAUCAACGAGUCUUUGAACAUGCUAGUUUGCCCGCAGUGAGUGAUAUGUUGUCAAUAACAUUACGAUUGAAAAUCCGGAGCCAUGCAAAUGAUUGGGCUACUAUUCUUCACAAAGGUACUGGACACCCAGUCCGUACUCCUGGGCUCUGGCUGUCAGCACACAUAUCUAUCUUGAGUCCUCAAUUCUCAGGCAGCUGGCAAGAUUGUGUGGUAAUAGGAACCGAUGAAAGGCUUACGUUAAACAAAUGGUACCAUUUGGCUAUUACACUUUCUGAUCCUGAAAAGCGAUCGGAUUUCUACAUAGAUGGUGAAUGGGUUGGGUUCAUUAGUGUUUGUAAGGUUAAAACACAAAAAAUUGUCUUUAAUGAUGGUCCACUGCAUAUCGGACGUGCUUUCUCUCAUAACGGGUUUAAUGGUGAAAUUAGCAAUGUUCGUUAUUUCAAUUGGCGAUUAUCUGCCGAGGAAGUGAAGGAAGAUUUUUUCAAUGAAUAUCAGACAAAGCCAAUUGUAUAUGGAUCAAGAAUCGCUCUUGUACAUGUAUCUACCAGAAAAUAUUUAUCUACUAAAAGAAUCAAGUAUGACUUGGGCCCAAAUAACCAACAAUAUAUGGUUAUUUGUAAUAGACAGGAAAUAGAUUUAGAAAAUGAUGUUUGGAUUGUUAUUAGAGCUAGUGGUACAAGGGUAAUUGCAGGAAGUCCUGUGCCUAUUAGUGCUAUAAUUGGAUUUAGGCAUCAAGCAACAGAAUAUAAUUUACAUUCUCAUGAAAUUUGCGAUAUUAAAGUCACACCAAUAUCAAGGCAACAGCAAGUGAGUUUGUAUGAUAAUACUAGUAAUAAUAUUAAUAUUGAUGAUGAUUGGUUAAUUCGACGUUAUAAUUCAAAUAUUACUACUUAUGAUGAUACUGGUUAUUUGAGGAAUGGUGAUAUUAUCAGUCUUUUUCAUAUCAGAACUAAUAGACCAGCACUCUGCAGUCAUACCAUCUUAUUAGGCGAUGAAUCCCAAGAAGUUUUUUGUCAUCAUGGAGAUGAAAGUGAAAGAAAUAACAAGUGGCGUAUUGAAUUAAUUGAUUGA